AUGCGUACGCUGUUCGGGGAGAACAUCCUAAGCCCGUCGCCAACACCGCGGCCGCAGCAUAACCCGUUUGAGCUCCUGUUCCACUCAACUGCGUCGGCUGCUAGUUCCAACGCUUCUACGCACAGUUCGCCCAAUCAGCACGGAUGGUUAACGCAACAUCUACAGGCACAGCAGCAAGCCGAAAGGGAUGCAGCAGACCAGACAACUCGACAACCAGCGCAGCACGUGAAACGGAAAGGGCACCCAAAGCUACUGUUUAUGGGCUUGAGAAAAAGCGGCAAGUCAUCGGUUCGUAAAGUGGUCUUCGAGAAGCUCUCGCCUGCGGAUACUCUCUUCUUGGAACCUACCCCACGGAUGGAACGAGCCACGCUGCAAUCAUUCGUCCCAAUCGAGACGGCGGAGAUACCGCCAAAUGCACCUGUCACCGCACCUGAAUUCGACCACCGUGCCGCCUUCGGCAAUGCAGGAGCAGUCAUCUGGGUCGUCGACGUCCAGGAUGAGUACCUCAACGCGAUCGGAGAUCUCAUCCAGACCGCAGUCUUCCUUGCCGAGAACUACCCCCGCGUCAACUUCGAAGUCUUCAUCCACAAGACUGACGGCCUGAGCGAAGAAUACAAUUACGAAGCUUUCCGUGAGGUCCGACAGCGAGUGCAAGACGAGCUUAGCGAUCUUGGCCAUGGCGACCGCAGCGUCAGUUAUCACCAGACUAGCAUCUUCGACUAUAGCAUCUUCGAAGCGAUGAGUAAGGUCGUACAGAGACUACUACCGCAGCUGCCAGCGAUGGAGGCCUUGCUGAACAAGCUGUGUUCCACAUGCCGGAUACAGAAAGCCUACCUCUUCGACACGAGCAGUAAGAUCUAUGUGGCGACGGACACCAGUCCGACGUUCCUGAGGGAUUACGAGGUCUGCUCGGACUAUGUUGAUGUUAUAGUCGACAUCAAGCAGAUCUACGGCUGGCAGAAGCACGAGCGACAGAGUCAGGACACGACGUCACAAGACGACAGUGUCGGAGAGAGUCUGGUCACGUACGACAGGAGUGGCGAUACGUACAUUUACGCGAGGGAGAUCGAUGAGUAA